UUUCUUUCUUUUCUUUUCUUUUUUUUUUUUUUAACCAAAGAUUUUAAGAAGGUCAUGUCCAAGUUUGACUGACAUUCUCUUCAUUUACGUAAAGCUGUCUCAGAAUCUUCCGAUACUUUAAAAUAAGACAAAAUAUUUUUUCUUUUCUUUUUCUUUUUUCUUUUCUUUUUUUUUUUAAGUGAAAGUAAAGAAAAAACAGGAAAGCAACAAGCAGCAUCCAGCACUACUGGGACUUUCAGCGUUCAGGAUUCCAGCACUAAAACUGGAGAUGUUAAAAUGAUGAAGCACUCUCUCCCUCUGGAGCAGCGCACAGCAGCCAUGACACCUCUGCUCCACUGUGGAAGGUAUGCUGCAGCCCGCUGCUGAAUUGUUAUGACAUGUCUCUAGCAAUCAGAAAGAAAAGCUGGGAAGAGCAUGUGACCCAGUGGAUGGGAUUGGCUUUGGAAUCUGUGGAGUAUAAUACAGCAUGUCGUCAUGGACUCGUAGCUGAUAACUUGCAGAUAAGUAUGGAAAAAGAUGAAAUUUUGAGUGUGGACCGGAAAGAAAAAUGUGCUUCAUUUCCAGAGUGUUGUCAUGGUGGAGAGCCAACUGGCUUUCCUGCGAAGCAGCUUGGAAAUGUGUCAAAGGAAUUGGAUGAAAAUGAAAACCAUGAAGAAGAGCAUUUUCUGGAGGCCAGCACAGAAACUCUAGUCCAUGUGUCUGAUGAUGAUGAUGAUGAUGAUGAUGAUGACGAUGACUAUCCUGCACUCAACCUGAACGGUGUUAAUCACCACAUCACUGCUGUUGGAAGGGAACUAAAAGACGAAGAAGAGAGUUUAAAUGGAGCAGGCUCCUUAAGAGAGGUUGUACAAAAAACAGAGUGUAAUGAGGAAGCUGAGACAGCUGGUAUAAUUGGAGAUGGUGACACAGUUCCUAAAGAUAAGAUGGAAGGAGAUAUUUGUGGCAGUAUUGGCCAAAGCCUGGAGCUUUGUAGUUAUGAAGCCUUAAAUGAGGUAGUACAAGUAGAGAAAGAAAAUCUUUUUAAUUCUCCAAAUGUGAAAGAAAUUAUUAUGCCUGGGAAACAGCUGCUUCAUACUGCUGUAAUUGCACAACAGCGCAGGAAAUCUGAUGCUUUUAAAGACAGCCUUGGAAAGUCUGAAUGUAAUGUGGUACAGAGUGGGAUUUCUUCUGAUUCAUGCCCCAGCAGUGAUAGACAGCCAUGCUCAGUGGUGGAACCCAGUGAGUGCCUUAUGCAAUCUUCUCCUUGCUCUCAUGUUCCGGCAGUGGAAAAUGGUCUGGAUGAAAGUGGUUUCACUGAACCUCAAGUGGCCCCUGAAAACAAAUGCCUUUCAAAUGUCAGUUCAGCAGAAGACACUCAGUGUUUACAUUUAAGGAUUGAUUUGACCACACAAGAAUAUUCAGACAGUCAAGUGAAACUGCGCAAAAAAAAGGAAAUAACAGGAGAUCGGGAUCGAUCACGGCUAGAUUCAAUGGUGCUGUUAAUUAUGAAACUGGACCAGCUGGAUCAGGAUAUUGAAAAUGCUCUCAGUGCAGGUUCUUCCCCAUCCAGCACUCCAACGUACAAACGGAGGCAUAUACCUGAUGGUGAAUCUGGUUCUGAAAUUGGAGCAGAUGUAAGACAUUCUCAAACAAGCUUGUCUCCUAACAUCCAUACUCCUGAUCAAACAUCAUUCUGUUCAGCAGCCACUUCUGGAGCUAAACCAAAGGCUGGGGCUAUGCCAGUUAUCUCAGAAAAGGAGAAGGCUGGUGAGUAAAUGUUUGCUAUUUCUUAAUAUCCUUGUAUUUGCUUUCUGAAAUACAGCGUUUUUUAACUAACUGGGAAAAUAAUGUCUUUAUCUAUGGGAUUUUUAAUGUACAGGUUUAGAGAUCUGUUAAAUGUGUAAGCAUUAUUUAUUGUUUCCUGAGUGGGGCAUUUCUCUUUCUGAAAAGCGUUCAGAUUUCUGUGAGAUAUCACAGAGGUAUCAUCUGUGUUUGUUGUUAUCUUGCAAAGUACAUUAUUGAAUUGUAGCUAUACCUUACAUGUCAUUCAUAUUAUAGAUGUUAUUCUGACUUAUUUGGUGUCUUGAUUAGCAAACACAGGUGCCAAUGUGUUGGUUCAAGUUAGUGGGAUUGGAUGAUUUAGUUUGAACUUUGCUAUCUGUCUGUAAGUAUGGCAUGAAAUUCUGUUUUUCUGAAGUACUUCACUGGAGAUAAGAAUUUUUAUUUUGGCAAAUUUUUUCACAGUAUUAAAAGGCCAAUUUUCUAUUCUUGUAUGUUAUAUGUAUUCUGUGAACACUGUACUUUGGUGUUGAUAUGUGAAAUAUAUUAGUGAGCUUAGUGAAAAAUAGAAGCUGGCAUUGUUGAAUGGAUGUGGUGUUGUGAUGGACACUCAAGAAUGCUCCAGCUUCUGUGGACCUCUGUAGCCUCUGUUGGUUUCUUCACCAUGCGUUUUAAUUGACAAUUUGCAAUUGGAGUCUCUGCAUUACAUCAAAAUAUUCAAAUACCACCCAACAUUCUGGGGUUUUCUAUUAUUUUUGUUGAUUAUGUUUUCUUGUG